GAGGGGGGAGGGAACGCUGACUCUGGAGGCUGCUGGGAUUAGGGUGGGGGUGACUGAGAAAGCAGUCCUUCUGUAAGAGCAAAGAGCCUCCAGGGUGAGGAGAGGAAGGAGAGAGAUGGAACUAGGCCGGUCUGCGGGGAAACGCGACAGUCUUGGUAGAGGGUAGGGGACAGGAUGGCGCCGGCUAAGAGAGUGGCUGCCUGGGGAGGAGUUAGUCUGGUGGGGAAGCUAUCUCGUGGGCGGGAGCCUAAAGGGGCCCUGGGUCGCCAGGAGGAAGGACCCCUUGGCAGUCCCUCCCCUCAGCCUUUUCCUACUUUACUGCUUCUCCUUGCUGGCCCCUGUGCGCUCAGUUCUAGUCACUGGCUGCCCGCUGCGGCCUCGAGGGCUGGGUACUGCAACACCCUCUUCUCCCAGCAAGGGGGCUCCAGAGACUACGCAGCCAGGAAGUCUGGUGGCCUGGAGAUUCGGCGGGUCCGCUUAGUGGUUGGGGGGCUGUAUCCUUGCAUCUGGGUGGGGGAGGGAUGUGAUGGGAGGAUAUUCUAGCAGUGAGGAAUAAUGCUGGGCAGGGGGAGAGUUUUACUAGGACUCAGAAGAACUGGAGGGGUUCUGGAAGAGGAGGCCUUGUAUUGGCAGGAUUCUUGAGAGGAGAACUUUAUGCUAGGGCUUCAGAAACUGCAGGGAAAAGAUGAUAAUAAACAGACUCAUAGAGUGAGCUUGGAUCCAGUCUUGCGGUCCUGCCAACUUUGGCUCACCCUAAUGUCAGAGCAGAGGGAAGGACCCUCCGCAUAGCCUGGAGGACAGUGUCUUGGUAAUGUCCAGGGCUCCAGGAAGAGAUGUCCUUGUGGCUGGAGGCCGCAGUGCCUGAUGUUUCUCCUGACUCUGCAACGGAGUUGUGGAAGACAGAACCUCAAGAUGCAGGAGACCAGGGAGGCAACACUUGCAUCCUUAGGGAGGAAGCCAGGAUGCCCCAAUCAACUGGGGGUGCUUUAAGGAUAGGGUUGGAGUCAUCCGAGCCUACAGCCCUGCUCCCCAGGGCAGAGACCCUCCCAGAGCCUACAGAACUUCGUCCACAGAAGCGGAAAAAGGGGCCAGCCCCCAAAAUGCUGGGGAACGAGCUAUGCAGUGUAUGUGGGGACAAGGCCUCUGGCUUCCAUUACAAUGUGCUGAGCUGCGAGGGCUGCAAGGGAUUCUUCCGCCGCAGUGUCAUCAAGGGAGCACGCUACAUUUGCCAUAGCGGUGGCCACUGCCCCAUGGACACCUACAUGCGGCGGAAAUGCCAGGAGUGUCGCCUUCGCAAAUGCCGCCAGGCAGGCAUGAGGGAGGAGUGUGUCUUAUCAGAAGAACAGAUCCGCUUGAAGAAACUGAAGCGUCAAGAAGAGGAGCAGGCUCAAGCCACAUCGGUGUCCCCAAGGGUUUCCUCACCGCCCCAGGUCCUGCCACAGCUCAGCCCAGAACAACUGGGCAUGAUUGAGAAGUUGGUGGCUGCCCAGCAACAGUGUAACAGGCGCUCCUUCUCUGACCGACUUCGAGUCACGCCUUGGCCCAUUGCACCCGACCCUCAGAGCCGGGAAGCCCGCCAACAGCGCUUUGCCCACUUUACUGAGCUGGCCAUCGUGUCCGUGCAGGAGAUUGUUGACUUUGCCAAACAGCUCCCUGGCUUCCUACAGCUGAGCAGGGAGGACCAGAUCGCCUUGCUGAAGACCUCUGCGAUCGAGGUGAUGCUUCUGGAGACAUCGCGGAGGUACAACCCUGGGAGUGAGAGCAUCACCUUCCUCAAGGAUUUCAGUUACAACCGGGAAGACUUUGCCAAAGCAGGGCUGCAGGUGGAGUUCAUUAACCCCAUCUUUGAGUUCUCCAGAUCCAUGAAUGAACUGCAACUCAAUGAUGCUGAAUUUGCUCUGCUCAUAGCCAUCAGCAUCUUCUCUGCAGACCGGCCCAACGUGCAGGACCAGCUCCAAGUAGAGAGACUGCAACACACAUAUGUGGAGGCCCUGCAUGCCUAUGUCUCCAUCAACCACCCCCACGACCGACUGAUGUUCCCACGGAUGCUAAUGAAGCUGGUGAGCCUCCGGACUUUGAGCAGCGUCCAUUCAGAGCAAGUGUUUGCACUUCGCCUGCAGGACAAAAAACUUCCCCCUCUGCUCUCCGAGAUCUGGGAUGUCCACGAAUGACUGUUUCUCCGUGUCCUCUGUGUUGGCCACGCAGCUGAAGCUUACUGACUGCUUCCUAGAGGUGGAGCAGACUGAGGAGGGCAAACAUUCCUGGGCGCUGGGUGAAAGAGACCCUUGCAUGGCACUAAAGAGAGUCAAAGGGUUGGGUGUUUUGUGGCUGCUGGGCAGUUGGGGACCUACUAACGUUGUAUGCCAUCUGAAGGCCUUGUUGACCCAACCAAAUAAACUAGCCAGGAGAGCCACUUUGUGCAGGGUUCUUCAGGGCCCUGCCCA